CCCGGGCCGCAGGCCGCCGCCGCUCCCCAGCGACCCCCGGCAGCCGCGCCUUCCUCCUCCUCCGCCUCCUCCUCCUCCUCCUCCUCCGCCGCCGCCGCCGCCGCCGCCGCCGCCUCCCCCUUCUCCUCCCCGCCGCGGAGGGACGGGGCGCUCCGCAACGGCACGGUGGUACCGCACCGCUACAUGGUGGCCCUCUACCAGCGCCUGGCCGCCCGACGCGACACCGCCGCCCGCCCCGUCGGCACCGUCACCGGCUUCGUGGAGCGGCUGCGGGGCGAUGCCUCCCCGUCCGCCCCCGAGCAGCGCUACCUCUUCGACAUCUCCAGCCUGCCUGAGGCGGAGGAGGUGACGGGCGCAGAGCUGCGGGUCCUGCGCUCCCUCCCUGCAAACCGCAGCCUGGCCCUGUCCCCCGAAGGCAACUUCCACCACCUGCUCCUCUCCACCUGCUCGGGCCGGGCCGGCGAGGAGCCCCGGCUGCUGGCCUCAAGAGCGGCCGAUGUUCUGGAUGCGGGCUCCAGAUGGGAGGUGUUUGACGUCUGGGAAGCCCUGAGGGACCGCAGGGAGAGGCCCCCCCCGGGCAAGCUGCUGUGCUUCGUGCUGAGGGUGGUGUCGGAUCGCUCGGGCCGCCUCCUGCCCCCCCGGCAGCUGGGAUUUGGCAAACCCCAUCCGCAGCCCCACGAGCGAGCGCUGCUCGUGGCCUUCUCCCGUACCCAGAGGAAGGAGAACCUCUUCAAGGAGAUCCGGGAGAGGAUGAAGGUGCUGGGCAGCCCCCCCUUGUUGGAGCCCCCUGAUCCCGGCCAGGAGGCGUACCCCAAGCGGAGGAAGAGGAGGACCACCAUCGCCGCCCGCUCCGGGGGCAGAGGCCAAGGGAAGAAGGCGAAGACGCGCUGCAGCAGGAAGCCCCUGCACGUCAACUUCAAGGAGCUGGGCUGGGACGACUGGAUCAUCGCCCCGCUGGAUUACGAGGCGUACCACUGCGAGGGGGUCUGCGACUUCCCCCUGCGCUCCCACCUGGAACCCACCAACCACGCCAUCAUCCAGACCCUGAUGAACUCCAUGGACCCGGAGUCCACUCCCCCCAGCUGCUGUGUGCCCUCCAAGCUCAGCCCCAUCAGCAUCCUCUACAUAGACUCCGGGAACAACGUGGUGUACAAACAGUAUGAGGACAUGGUGGUGGAGACGUGCGGCUGCAGGUAGCAAUUUCUGCAGCUCUUCCCCUCCCCGCCCCACCACACCUCAUUUUAUAUAUAUAAAUAUAUAUAUAUAAUAUAUAUAUAUAUACAUACACAUUUUGGUGUGUGCCUUUCCAAGAGCCCCCUGCCCCUAGGCGCUGCCCUGCAGGGAUGGGGACACCCUCUCUGCCCCUUUCUCAAAGGUUUGGGGCUUUCUGCAUCGCCCUCAGGUUGGGGCGGUGGGAGCUUUCCUUUCUGCAUGUAAGGACACCUCUUCAGAGCAUCUGGGGAGAAGCAGAGUCCCGAGCUCCCCAGGGAAGAGCUGCUUUGCUUGGGUUCUUAUUUUUCCAAAUAACUGCUAUAAAAAGGCCAGGCUCUGCUCCACCUCCCUUUGGCAGCAGCUCCGUCCCUCCCUGCCUGCCCUAAGGGAGCCCGCAUCCUCCGGGCAGAGACAUUUAACUUGCAAAGAGCAGAGCUGAGAGGGCUGCAAGAUGUUAGGAAAUGGGCUUAAAUUGUCCCUUGAACCCUGAGAAGCCUGGCAUCAACUGUGGGAUGCUGUUAGGUGGCUUUCGGUACCAAGCUGCAGCUUCGUGGCUCUGCUUAGGUCAGGGAUGGGAUUACUUUGGUUUUGAUGCUUUGGUUUUUGUUGGUGUCCAGACUGUUGCCUUAUAAAUGUCAGUGCUUACCAGCUACAGGGGUUUGCUUUUGGGGAGAUCAAUUCCUGCUGGAAAACAUUUAUUUUUUUCUAUCAAGCUCCUCGUUCUCCAGCAUCCAGCUCUCACCCAAGGAGUCCCCGCUGGGGCAAUAUGACAUCAGCAGGGCUCCCACCCUGCGUAUCACAGCGGAGAGGUACCCCUGGGAUAAUCCCAACCUCUCCCCAUCCUCACACCCAGGGCUCCAACAAACCUCAUCCAACAUCAUUUGUCAGCUCUCGUCCCAUGCCAUCAGCACAGAUAUCAGAGCCAGGGAGAUGCUGGCACAGCGGCGUUCCCGAGCCCACCAAGCUUCCAAACACUUCAAACACUGAUGGUCUCCAGAUAGAUAGCUUUCCUCACUGCUGAAAUGUGUUGGUUUUUUUUAAUGUUUUCAUUUUUUUUUUUACUCCUUUCCUCCAAAUAUUUGCUGCAGAGGUUUGUGGGCAGUUCAGUAUUUCUAUAUACGUACAGCUCCUGGCAGCCCCACAGGUGGCCCCAGGCCCCUUCCUGCAGGACAUGGGACCAUGUCCGCACUGAUGCCCCGGGGAGUGAGGUUCUGGCUCGGUCACUGUGGAUUCACAGCCUGGAUCACAGUAAGGGAAAACAGGGAGGUCUGGGGAGAGCACAGAGGCUGCUGCUGGCAGUGGUGCUGUCUGUGCAUUUGCCCAUGUGGGAAUUAAUUGCCUCUCUCCCCACUGGGCACUUCUGUUUUUUGGCAGAGAGCUCUACUUUGGGCAGCCUGAUGUGGGUGGCAGCCCUGUCCAUGACAGGGGGUUGGAAAUCUUAAGGCCCCCUCCAACCUAUGCCAUUCUAUGAUUCUAGGAUAGGUGAGGUUGGCUCCUGCCAGGGGGUGCUCUCUGGGGGUUUGACUGCCCAGGACCCUCUAAAGGCAUGGAAGCCAUCCCGUGAAGUGGUAUUCCUGAUCCAUCUCCUCUCUCCUGAGCUGAUUUCUGAGCAGUAUAAAUAGGAGACGAGAGGCUGAAAGCGGACAAAGGUGGAUUCAGUGGACUCGGAAUGAUUUGAAUGGAUAAUUACAGGUUCCCAAUCUGCAGUAUUUAUACAGCCUUUCCAGGAAAAAAAGAGAGAGGGAAAAAAAAAAAAAAAAGAAAAACGAAGCAGUUUCCAUGCAGAGUAUAUUCUCCUGGAGGAUCUGUCUGACCUUCAGCACCAUUUUUAUCUGCAGGAUGUAAUUACAGCAAAGCUAGAAAUAGCAAGCAUCUGGAAAGGGCUGCGUACCUGCGCGUGGUGCUCCUCCAUCCCCUCCUGCACGGGGCAGCAAUGGCUUAGGGGCAGGGAGAGCUGCUCGAACCCAAAAAGGCUUUGACAGCGCUGAGCUGGGACUCAGGGUGCGUGGUCGGGCCAAGCACGCGGCAUGGAACCUGUGCGUAAAAGCAGAGCCUGUGCUUACGGCACCGCCUCACUGCGUCCUGGAGACCGCUGCCCAUUGGGGUCCCAAAGCAGGGGCAGAUGGAGCGGCGAUGUCCUCCUGGGCUGUUUGCUGAUGCUUGGCACACCCGUGAGGAAAAGUCUGGCAACCCCAAGCUGCCUUCUGCUCAGAGCUGAGCGCCAGCCGCUUCUGUGUGUGUUUGCACCAUAUGGCUUUUAGCUCACAUCUUGCUCGCGUGGCUCUCGCUGCUGGGGAGAGCGGGGAAGUCCGGCAGUGAUUUAUUGGUCACACUCCCUUUGCAAAGCAAGCAGCCACUUCUGCUGCUGGCAGCUUCAGGGCCCUCUCCCACAAACCCUGAAGUGUGUGUUUAGCGGUGGUCACCUUGCCAGCUCCCCUGGAACUGCCGGCACGGGGAGCUCUCUGCCCCUCCUGUCCUUCAAUGGGUCUCUGGUCAGUAGGAGAGUUGUGCUGGACCAGGCUGGUGCACUCAGCACGCUGAAUUUUGCCAUAAACUGGUUUACGUCCUCUGUGACAAAACCAGCUGCAGUCAGUCUUCUAGAGCUCUUUAUUCCUUUAAUGCCUUGCUGCAUACACGAGAAUGCACGGCGCUCUCUGAAAUUCAUACUGUAUCAGUAGUUGUCCUGGACGUUCAAGAAACGACCAAAAUCUGGAACUCCUGCUGGUGGAGGAGGAGGACUGACCAAAGAGCCCAUCCUUCCUCUCUGAGGAUGCUUUACAGCCUGGCACCUCAGGACAUGUAGGUUGUGCCACUCCUCUCCCUUCUGCUGGUACCGCUAUUAGAGCAGUCCUCCUGAAUUUUCUGUGUUGGAAGAAACCUGGGGGAAGGCACAGGCAGGGUGAUGUACCCAUGUUCAGCUUUUGACUGAGGUUGCCCAGAGAGAUGGUGGGUGCCCCAUCCCUGGAGACAUUCAAGGUCAAGCUGGAUGGGGCUCUGAGUACUGAUCUUGCUGUAGGUGUCCCUGUUCAUUGCAGGGGAGUUGGACUAGAUGGCCUUUGAGGGUCCCUUCCAACUCAAACAAUUCUAUGAUUCUAUGACCAGGGUGGGCAGCAGAGCAUUUUCAAGUAUGUUGGUAUUGUACUCCUUUAAAGCAAAGCUUGAUCCAUUCCCAGAAAUGACACCAAAUGAAUCCCAGCCAUUCUUCAGUGCUUUUUCAGCAGAUUAUUGUCAUCUCCACUCUGGAGUUAAUUCUUACAUUUGUGAGAUCACUUUUCAGUUUUGGUACGUGUUAUUUAUUUUGGCUUUUCAGGAUGAGGAGCAUUGGGAUUUGUGGCAGUUGGGGAAUGGAGAGCAAGUGAGGAAGGGAAUCAUAUUAUAUCGUAGAACGGCUUAAGUUGGAGGACACCUUAAAGCCCAUCCAGUACCAACCCCCUAACAUGGGCUGGUUGUGCCCCACCAUAUCAGGCUGCCCAGGGCCCUGUCUAGCCUGGCCUUGAAUGCCUCCAGAGAACAUCCACAACUUCUCUGGGCAGCCUGUUCCUGAAGGCUGAGGCCUACCAGCAUGAGUUGCAGAGAUGGACUCCCCAGGCCACGGGUCUGGCUGGGCUCUAGGUGGGAGAGGUCUUGGUCACGCAUUGAAGUGCUUUCCCAAUAGGAAGUGGAAGUGUUUGGGUCUUCUCUUUGCUUUGGUGUGUUAUGAAGCUCCACUGAUGUCUUCAUUAGCAGAGAAAUAAUGGGAACGUGGGGCUGGUUUGGGCCUGGCCACUCUGAGUGCUGUGGAAUUGGCUUUGGUCUUGGCCAUGGGGAGAGAUGGCAGUGUUCUCCAUGGUGUUCUUCCAUGGAGAAGCUUUUAUGCUCCUUCAGCCCUGCCUUGAAGAAUCACAGAAUCGCUAAGGUUGGAGAAGACCUCUAAGAUCAUCUAAUCCGACCGUUCACCUACCACCAAUAUUGCCCACUAACCAUGUCCCUGUGAAGAGAGGAGGGGAACAUGAGGAAAAGACCAAGAGCCCCAGCUUGGGACUGAGGGCUCACGCUGCCUGGGCUGGCAGCAGUGAGGUGUUACAGAACUUCCAUGGGGCAGGAGAAGGAAUGGCACCAGGCUCUGGUCACUCAGGAGGUGCAGAAGCGGCAUGGUCCUGUUGGCUGUGAUCAACUGAGAGUGGGGCACCUUCCUCGGACAGGGAGAGGUGAUCAUGCUGGUUUUAUUCACCCCAUGUGCUGUGAGCAGAUUAACCUGUAGGAUUAAAUAGUGCACGAAAGAAAGAUCUGAGCAUCUGAAGAGCCGUACCUUUGUAAAUCAAGCUCUUGGCCCUGUGGUUUGGGGGGCUGACUCCGAAGGCCUUUCUGUGCAUGGAAGAGCUGCUCUGUGGUGCUCCCCAGCUUAGCUGCAGCCUGGGGCAAUGUCAGUCCUUGUUUAUCCAGUCUGCCAAUCUACCACGUGUCCUAUCCUUGCCCGUUCUUUUUUUCCAAAGUCAAAUCAAGAAUAUUUGGAGCUCUUUUUUUUUUUUUGACAAAAUGAGCCUCUCUGCUGGUCAGUCAUGGUUUUAUUUAUGUCUUAUUUUCUUUGGUCAGAAAGGAAAAUAUCAAUAAAUGAAAAAGGACUCAAGUUUCCAAUAGCCGUAUCUCUAGUAGUUAACUUUUUUGAAGCAAUACUUGUACCCCUACGUGUGCCUCUAACCUUUCCAUGUAUUCGUUCAGCUUUGUCAGGUCUGAGUGUGUGAAAUAUCUCUGAAGAUAGAUAGCUCUGUAAGUGAUGGUGUAAAUGCAUUGUUUGUAUGUAUUCUAAAGUUUAAAUAGAUUGUACAUAUUGGAUUGUAAAUGAACUGUAAACAGCAAUCUAUAUUUUCUUGAAUAUAUUAUAUAGCAGUAUAUAUUUGUUAAAUAAGUAUUCUUGUAUACUCUUCAAUAACCUUUUUAAUAUUUUGUACAGAUAAGUUUAUUAAAUAUUUUAUUGAUAAAUAGA